AUGGACUCGCCCCUGAUAUCUCCCACGAAAGCUCGUCAAGCGGCCAUCCAAGCCAAGGACUGGGCAUACGUGAAUUCAUGGCUCAGUCGCAAAUACUCUCCUCAGAAUGUGCCUCCAUUUGAGCGCAACGACGAGACGCUAAGAACUCUCAUAGCCAUCGCUGCAGCAAAUGAUGCGGCAGACGAAGAAGCCUCUCUAGUACACCGAGCUCGCGAAGAGGUAGUUCGAGCUUUGAAGCAGAGAGAAGAGGUUGGAGACCCACGGAAGCAGGAUUUGCUAGAGGAUAUAGAAGCACGACUGGAUUCGGAGGGCGAGGAAGCCUUUCAUGACUUGGCAGAAACGAUAGUCCUACUGGGAGAUUCGUCUACGGGCAUCACAGAACUAGCGCAUGCAAUUAUAGAGCUCACUCGAGACGAGUUUGAGCUCGCAAAUCAAGUUCAAAAAGUGGAAGCACUGCAGGCGUAUCUGAACAAGGAGAUCUCGCUUGUACAGACAGAGAUUGAAACAUUCAAGUCGCACCCGGCAUACAAAACACCACCUGAUCUUACAUCAAAAACGGCGGAAUGGACACGCAGCGCAAAAAUCCUCGGUGCCAAAGUCAACGAAUACCGCGACAAAAUCACUUCGCUACGAAGAAGUGUCAGCAUCGAUGGACCGACCAUUGAGGAAGUAGCGCAGGAGGAGGAGAAUCUGCUUCGUCUGAAGGAAAUUGUGAGGGAACUCGAGAGCAGGAUCAAGAGCUUUCGCGAUCUACCGCCCGACUUGGAAGAUGCCAAAAAUGAGUAUAAGCGAUUGGAAAAAGAGCUCAAUCGUCUCACACGCGAACGAGAUGAAUUGUUUGACAAUGCCAUUACACGCAGGAAAUAG